AUGGAUAAGAACUUGGGGAUUUCAAAGAAAGUAGAUCUUGCAUCACUGGAGCUGUACCCGAGUGUGCCCCAGGCGUCUCGCGUCCCGUCUGACCGGACCUACUCGUCUGACCGGACCUACUCGUCUGACCGGACCUACUCGUCUGACCGGACCUACUCGUCUGACCGGACCUACUCGUCUGACCGGACCUACUCGUCUGACCGGACCUACUCGUCUGACCGGACCUACUCGUCUGACCGGACCUACUCGUCUGACCGGACCUACUCGUCUGACCGGACCUACUCGUCUGACCGGACCUACUCGUCUGACCGGACCUUCUCGUCUGACCGGACCUACUCGUCUGACCGGACCUACUCGUCUGACCGGACCUACUCGUCUGACCAGACCUACUCGUCUGACCGGACCUACUCGUCUGACCGGACCUACUCGUCUGACCGGACCUACAAGGGGGGGGGAGUGGGGAAAUACACACAAGGGUGA